AUGAAAGUCCUUGUGGUUUUAAUGGUUUUGAUUGGAUUUGCCUCUGCUGGAUGGAGUAGUGGAUGGUCAGGCAGUUACCCGAGCUAUGGAAGCAGAUACUCAAGUGGAUGGUCAUCAGGAUAUCCUAGCUAUGGAAACCGAUACUACAGCAGUGGAUAUGGAGGAGGAUAUGGAAAUGGAUAUGGAUCUAAGAUUAUUCGUGUUGUCAGUAGCAGUGGAAGUGGAUGGAAUGGUGGAUAUUACAGUGGUGGUGGUGGUGGUUGGGGUCCAAGUAGAUACAGCAGUGGAGGAUGGGAUUCUGAUUAUCACAGUGGAUGGUGA